AUGUCCAUAGAAACCCACCAGCUUCUGGUCGGGUGCGCUGUCGGUGUUGUGUCGGCGGCAACACAAGCGCUGGGACUUACGCUGCAGCGCAAGUCACAUCUCGACAAUGACGCGCUAGCGCCUGAGCUGCGCGUGCCGGCGCCUCGCCGGGCUCUGUGGCGCGCAGGCGUGCUGCUUUUCUUAGUGGCAAACAUUGUCGGAUCAUCCGUCCAGAUCACCACUUUACCACUCAUUGUGCUUUCGCCGCUGCAGGCCGUGGGGCUUGUUUUCAACUCACUCUGCGCUGCUUGGGUCCUCCAUGAACCCCUCACGCGCCAAUCUGUCGCAGGAACACUCCUCGUAUCGGCAGGCGCUCUCAUAGUUGCUGCAUGGGGUGUUGUCUCCGAGUCAGCAAAACCACACAACCUAGAUGAGCUGUUGCGACUCUUGCGCCGUCCCCAGUUUCUCGUCUGGAUGGGCGCAACUAUGCUGCUGGUUGCAGCUGUCCUGGUUGUUAUUUCACAUCGCACAAAUCACCCAGCCGUCCCCAUCUCAAAAUCCUCUGAUUUCAUUGACGGCGACGAUCCUCAAGGCAUCCCGGCUAAGCAGCGUUUAAUUUCAGGGCUUCUUUAUGCCGUGGUUUGCGGCAUUCUCUCGGCCCACUCGCUGCUCAUGGCCAAAAGCGCAGUCGAAAUUCUCGUCCGCGCCUUUGUCGACGGCAAGUCCAAGGACCUGCGGCACUACCAGAGCUGGCUCAUUGUUGCCGCCUUUCUAGCCUUUGCCGUCUCUCAACUCGUUUUCCUCAACCGCGGCCUGCGUCUUUGCUCAACCGCUGUGCUUUAUCCUCUCGUUUUUUGCGUCUUCAAUGUCGCCUCUAUCCUCAACUCUCUAAUAUACUUCCAGCAAACAGCCCAAAUGUCGGCUCUUCAAGGCCUGAUGGUUGCCUUUGGAACCUUGCUCAUCUUAGCUGGUGUCCUUGGCCUUUCAUGGCACCUGGGCUGGCAUGAUACCCUGGCCCUCACGGGGCCCGCCGCCCAGGCAAUUGCAGAAGCACAAGAAAAUGACCCUUAUAAAUCAAACCCGCAGUCUCCAGGCUUUGCAGCUUGUGAUUCGGCUGCAACAUGCGUCGAGCCACUGCUUCAACCUGUUGUCGCUCCAGACAAGCUACCGCUGCUUCAGCAUCGGCAUGUAUAG